AUGAUACUCUUUCGCCUCCUCCUGCUCCUAGCCUCCUCUCUCACCCUCGCGGCAGCGCAGCAGAGCUCUGCUGUGCAAACCUACAAGGGAUCCAAAACAUACACCUACUACGGGUGCUACAACGAAACUACUGAAAUCGAGGGCUCGGACCACUCACGCGCCUUGUCCGGCGGCGCAAAUGAAGUCAGGAAGGGCGAGAUGACGGUACCAAUGUGCCUUGACUUUUGCAACUAUGGGGAGAAUGGCACUCACUAUCGCUAUGCAGGGCUGGAAUGGGCCAGGUGA